AUGGCGCGUCAGGAACCACAGCAGGAGCUGGCGGCGACGCUGGAGGAGCCCACUGCCCCCACGGUAUCGGCACCUCGCGCCCACCAACGAAGAGGCGAGGGAAGGCGCCCGCGGACGGACCAUCCUGGGGAAGGGGGGGGUUACGGGGAGGAACAAACGGAGGGGCGGGUGACACGGGGGGUGAACGUCGCUGGGGCUGCAACGGUGGCGAAAACCAAUGGCGAGGAGGCGGGUGAGGGGACGGGGGCUGCGGGGGCUGCGGCUGAUGCGGCAGUUGCGGCGGUGCCUGGCGCUGCUGCUGCUGACGGGACAGCCGCUGCCUCUGACGGCGGCUCAGUUUCACCCUCUGCCACCCCCCAGGCUGCAUCGCGGCUGGCUGAGGAGCAGGGGCCGGUUGCGGAACCAGGACAGCAGGGGGAGGAGGAGGCGGGGCUGGCGGCGUCCCCGGCGGUGAUCGCUGCGGUUGUGACGGCCGCGGUGGGAACGCAGGAUGGUGGAACGAGCGCGGAGGGAGUGGGGGCUGCCGCUGAGUUCGCCGGAAUGUCUGUUGCUGACGAGGGCGCAGGAACGCAGGAGCGCGACCAGGUGGCGGACGGAAGACAGGGCCGCGGGAAGAGCGCCGCUGCUCCCGCCGCCUGCGGGAAGAAGGGGAAGCGGCCACGCGCCCAGCCAGCAGCGAGGCGGCCUGGAGCAGGGCUGAGGCCUGGUCCCCCGGGACCCCUCCUGGGCUGGCUGCGGCAAGGGCAGUCGCCACAAGAGCCAGGGCUUCCGUCGUCAUCGAGGGGCGCGACGGCGGUACAGCAGGAGCCACAGGUGCCAGCGGCAACGCCGUUCGUGACGCAGGUGGCACCAACGCAGGAGCCGGAAGAGUUUAUGGCUGGGGAGGACGAGGUUUCGGAGGAGAUUUCACUGGAUGACGAGGAAGCUCCGCCCAGACGGGACAACCCAGCACCACAAACACGAGAAGCGGCGGGGGAAAUCCCACCAGCCACUGCGGAGCCAGCGGAAGCGGCCACGGGGGACACUGAUGUUCCAUCGCCAGCCGACCUGGCUAGUGAUGACGCCAUCUGGCACAUGGCGAGAGGGUGGAAUGUGGACAUUCUUCAGCGAAGUGAUCAGCCAUUCCUUGUCCGCCGUCUGCCAACACAGCUUCUGGACCGAUAUUGUCUGUGCAUGCUGGCAGCCCUCCACCGCCUGGACAAAAACCCAAGCUGCCCAGGGGGAUGGAUGGUGCUGCUGUUCUUGCCGAGGCUCACCCUGAGGCCAGCGCCCGAACCUGCUGUGGGGAGUCGCUGGGCAGCAAUUGAGGCACGGCUGCACAAAUUCCAAAGGGGCGAGUGGACUGACCUUUUCGAAGAGGCAGGGGACAUACCCGCUAUUGGUGCUCCGGGACCCUGCCUUGGCCAACGAAGAGCUGCUACUGCUUUUCGCCAAGGUGGUCAAUCAGCUGCUUAG